CACUUCAGUUCUAAAUAUUUCUCAUCUUUCAUUUUUCUGCCGCUCUCCCCUCUUGUUUCUCUGAACUGGAGAAAGUCAACAACAAAAAAAUAUACAUUUUACUUCUCUCGUGACGGUCUGGGCAACCCCAACUCCCCAUGUCUUGUCCCUUCCUUCUUUUAUUUUCUAUGCAAAUCGAACAAAUCCCAGAAGAAUUGCAAGAUUGAUGGUCCGGGCAACCCCGUUCAGUCGGUUUCCAAGGUUCGUAGGAAGUAGUAAAGCGAUAACCGAUGAUGGUCUGACCGUCUGAGCAUCGCCACGGUGGAGGAAUAGCGACUCUCGCCGGCGUCGACACAAUAGUUGAUAUUAUGAUUAUGCUUUAUCUUUGGAAAAUUUGUUUGUGGCGAUUGUAG